UCCAAGUGAAACGCUGUCCAUCAAAUCCACUAUUUCUUUCUGUGAUAUGAAAGGUUCCGCCUGCCGGUGUUUCCGGCGGACGUCUGUGUGAGUCGGACCCGCUCAAGAUGUCAGUGGAGCAGGCGAGCGCGAGCGACACCGAGGACAAAUCUCACCUGAUUAAAGGUGGUGUUUUCCUCACUUCUGUGGCCACAGCGGGUAUGAUCGCAGGGUUCGGUUCCACCCUUGCCAUGGCCAAGAAGAAGAGUCCCGACUGGUUUAAUAAGGGUGUGAUAGGAACUGCUGCGGUGCCAGAAAGCGGUGCGUCAUUGGCGUUGCGAGCGUUGGGAUGGGGUUCCCUUUACGCCUGGUGUGGAGUUGGUCUCCUGAGCUUCACCGUUUGGAAGGCUCUAGACGUCCACAGCCUGAAGGAAUUUCGUCAGAAAAUGCAGUCCAUUUUCCCCGCCGUGCCCAAAAAUGAAGAGGAUUCUGCUCCAUUUGAUUGGAAUUCCAUCUUUAAGUCAAAAUGAGAAACAAUUAGAGUUUAUCAUCGACAAGGCACAGCCUAAACUGACUGCUUGGAAGUAUUAUUAAUCAGAUGGUCAGCCUGGUCAGGUGUGAGGCAACCAGCCGGUUCAAUCAGCCCAUUUUAGAUCCAGUAUCAAGUUUGAGGUCUGGAAGAUGCCUCGAUGAAGGCCUGGACAAUUCAAUGUGGCUCUUUGUCUCCAUUUCUUGUGCCACAGGACUUGGACUCUUGAACUUGAGUCACAAGUGUGGAAAUUUUAUGUUUGUAUGUACUGUACUAUUUUGGCACAUUUGUGUGGGCCUAGCAAAUAAUAUUACUGCCCUUUGGCUGGUGGUGUUUAUACAUUAAAUAUCAAACUAAAGCAGCCACUGUGUCACAAAAGUGGCAUCAUGUGAUGACAAGGUCUAAUAAAAGCAUCUUGUAAUGCUCUG